AUGAGUCUGUAUGAUUACACUAAGGAUCAGUGCCGUUUUCUGUCGACUUUAAUGAUCAAGAUCGAAGGAGAAAUUCCAGCCAUCAAACCACUUGAUGAUCUUAAGAGUCGUAGAGAAGAGUUUGACUGUGGCUGGAAUGAUCAUUUGAAGAAUCUAUCUUCGCUGGAAGUCUUGAGAAUCUUUACGUCAACUGAACUUGAAGAUAGGUCGAGAGAGAUUGCAAUCAGACGGCUCAGUGUCUUACUAUCUGAUCACACUUCAGAGAAGGUGCCAAUAGACAUUGCAGAGAUGAGACAAAUCCAACCAUUGCUCAUCUCUUGCCUAAAGGAAGAAGGAAUCUCUGACAGUAUGUUCAAAGUCCUAGGUGAGGUGGUGAACCAUGUUACGUAUGAGAUGAUGGUCUACCAUGAUGAUAAAUGCUAUGAGCUAAGCGGCUAUAUUACUGGGUGUAAAAUAGAAUUUGAGAGAGUGGUUUAUGUCUUCCAGUGCGUAAGAAUGCCGCUUAGUGAUGACAAUUUUGUGAAUCCUGUGUUGGAGAAUCUUCUCCCAAUGAUAAGAACAAGGCUAGACCCACCAAGAGAGUUUUUUGUAGAUCACAUUUGCUGGGUCUUGGCGUUUAUGAGUGCCUUCUUGAUAGAGAACCUAGAUUAUACUGAAAUCGUUGUGGAGAUUGCACAUAAAAUGAUAAAUUCAGUGAGAAAGCUUGUGGAAAGAGGAAUGGAAGUUGGAAUUCUAAAGAGAACUUUCACAGAUGUUGAAACUAUUGUGAAGAAACAGCUGGAAUGGUACAGGGAGUUGGAAUACAAUUUCCUUAAGGGUCUACUUUGGAGACUCUAUGCAAUCAAAGGCAUGAAAUGGGAAAGUAAGAUUGUGUUGUGGAAAAUCAAUGUAAUCGUCGAGAAAGGAGUAGACAAUAUGCAUAAAGAGCUGCCAGAGGAGGAUGAGUUUGAUUGGCUGAACCUUACUGAUGAUGUGACGAUGACGAGUAAGAAAAAGAGGAGAAAGAACUGCCAGAGAUUGAGUUUGAUUGGUUGA